CCUCAACACAUUCGUUCACCGCGACCCGGUCAUGACUCUGACACCCGAAACCCCCUUAAUUCGACUGAAGAUGAUAAUAUAGAGCACAUACUGGCUCGGAGUUCAUGUGCCAGCGACUGGGGGAGAAAUAGGACAUUAUGAAGACGUUCAACCUGGCAUCCGCUUUCGCGCGCUCAAGUCUUGCGCCGUGGACUUGUAGACGCUGUACGUUGCAGGCAAAGGGGAGAAAACCGACUCGAGGGUAUUCUACGGGGAGGAACUACACAUAUGAGGGUGCUCCGAGGUCAAGGGGAAAGGGGGAGGCGUUGAUGGCUGCUGCUACGACGACUGGAGUUCUGGGCGCAACGGCGUUUACAUAUCAGGAUAAUAUGAAGCAUUGGUAUGAGGCAAUGGAGAGGACAGGACGAGUGGCUAGUGCGCUUGCUUUGUGUAUUAAUGAGUGAGUUUGCCCGAUGUUGGUCUUCUCCUUUAAGAGCGAUAGGACUAAUUGUGGCGAGUAGUUAUCGAGUUACGCUGAAUCAAAACGAGCAAACAGACGACGAAGAUGCUAGAAAUACUAAGUUGAAGGCUUGCCAUCAGCGAUGUGCGGAUAGGACUUUGAGGGUUUUGGAGAAGAAUGGGAGCAUAUUCAUAAAGCUUGGUCAACAUCUGGUAGGUGGGAUGAAGUAAGAGAGUUUCGGUAAAUGCUAAUUGGUUUGCAGAGUGCAAUGAAUUACCUGCUUCCUCUCGAGUGGACGACUACCUUUAUACCUCUACAAGACAAAUGCCCCGUGUCUUCGCUCGAAUCAAUAGAAGCCAUGUUUAUGAAAGAUACUGGAGAACAGAUCUCAGAUUACUUCUCGGAGUUUGCGCCAGAACCGAUAGGAGCAGCAUCUUUGGCGCAAGUACAUCUUGCAACAAUCAAGGAAACUGGUCAGAAGGUUGCUGUGAAGGUUCAACACCCCAAUCUAGCUGAAUGGGCUGAUUUGGAUCUCGCUCUUACAAGAUUUACAUUUACCACUCUGAAAAAAUGGUUUCCCGAAUAUGAUCUGGAAUGGUUGUCUUCCGAGAUGGAAUACUCAUUACCGCAAGAGCUGGAUUUCAAUCUAGAGGCAAAAAACGCUAUGAGAGCAAAGGAAUACUUUUCACACAUAACGGAAUUGCCUCUUGUUAUUCCAAACGUUCUAUGGGCCAAGAAAAGAAUUCUUGUAAUGGAAAAUGUAUCUGGACACCGACCCGAUGACCUCGAAUUCCUGGACGCUAAUGGUAUUGAUCGAGAUGAAGUUUCCGCGGCUCUAGCCCGUAUAUUCAACGAGAUGAUUUUCGGUAAUGGGGCACCACUCCAUUGUGAUCCUCAUGGAGGCAAUCUCGCGAUCCGCAAGAACACCAAUCGAAGAGGCUCAAACUUCGAUGUCAUACUCUACGACCAUGGUCUGUACAGAGAUAUUCCACAAGACCUCCGCCGCUCCUACGCAAAAUUAUGGCUCGCAGUCAUAGACGCAAAUGAACCUCGAAUGCGAAAAUAUGCCAAAGAAGUAGCCGGUAUCAACGACGAGCAAUUCCCUCUCUUCGCAUCCGCAAUUACCGGCCGCGAUUUCACGAUCGUCAAAUCCUCCAUCGCAGCAGAACGCUCCGAAGCCGAGAAGAAAACCAUCAACGACGCUUUAGGAGAAGGCAUGCUUCAACAACUCGUUCAAAUGCUCGGUCAAGUUCCUAGGGUCAUCCUCCUCAUUCUGAAGACCAACGAUCUUACCCGAAGCUUGGAUGAGAAUCUACAGACGAGACAAGGACCUGUGAGGACUUUUUUGAUCCUCGCUAGGUAUUGUUCACGCACUGUAUUCGAGGAGCAGGUUGAGGAGUUGAGGGCUAGUGGGAGUCUGCUCCUGCCUAGGAACAUGCUUGGUCUACUGGGGGCUUGGCUAGGAUUUUUCAGGGUAGAGGUUAAGCUGGAGCUCUUUGAGCUUUGGUUGAGUGUUAAGCGGUUGGUGGGGGUGGUGUGAGUGUAUAUAGGAUAGUGGGAUUGAGGUACAUGUUUUUCUCUUGAUAUUGGAUAUUGCGUGGGUUGCGUUAGCGGGGUUGGUCUCUUUUUCUUCCCUUUGAGACGUGGAAAUUCCGUAGAUGGGUACAUAUGGGAUGCUAAUAGAGUAAUUUUCGGUCUUGCUUUUUUCUCUCGUUUCUGACGGGUGAGAUUGGAGCGCUGAAGUGGCCGUUUGAAGGCCUGGAAGGAGGUAAGAUCGCU